AGUACGUAGAGUUAUCACAGUCCCCACAACCCCUUCAUUCAUUUCCGCCAUAUUAACUUUCAUUCGCUCGUUCUCCUGACCCCGGUCAACGAAAAGAUACUCUGCAUUUGUACUCGGUCAAUCACCUUCUUUUCGUCCCUUUCGCUUCUUGCAGCACUCUUUCUCUCCUUCAUCCCAUUCACCCCAACGCUUAAUUCAGGAGUCCCUCGACAAUCGGUCAACCGACCCAACUGCCUGCCAGCGGGCGUGCCAUUCCUUAAUAGCCAACUUCCGAGUCAUUCGUUUUGUGCCUUAUCACGAGUCAUUCAUUCCGGCUUUGCGUUGCCUAGGCAAUUAGUGUUGAUACGCCGAUUUCGUAGAAUAUCUAUUAUUCGAUUCCAGCAAAGUGGGCGGGAUUAUUGAUUCAACCGGCGCUUCUUUCAAUUUUCGACGACUAUCCCGAACACGGUUUUGGUAUGAGCCUAGAAUAACAACCUCCAUUUGAUCGACGCCUGCUUUGAUAUUUUAAGAGAAGGGAUAGAGGGAGUGAAGUUGGACACCAUGGCGGGGCAUUCCAUUCACAGUCGUGGUCACGGCCACGGCCACGGGCACCAUCAUCUUCAUAUAAGAGGAUUGCCUUCGGAGGCAGAGCAACCUGGUCUAUUAGAAACCGGACACGGGAUUGGCAGCUCUGUUUUGACCGGAACGAAUACCAUUGCCCAACUAACCCCUAGGGAAAACAAGCUCGAUGAGAAGCCAGUCGGGGCUUCCAUGAAUAUUGCAAUUAUCCUAGGUGUUUGCAUCCCGGUUGGAGUUGCGUUUGUCGUCUUGGUUUAUUUACAUCACAGGACAACAGUCAGACAGAGGAAAGAGGAUGAGACGGAUAAGUAUAAAUCAAUGGACUUUGGUCUUGAGGGCGCUGUGCCCGGGAAAGCUGGUAAGAGGCGGAGUGCUUUCUUUGGGAAGGAGAAGGACCCGAGUCACAAAAUGCAACUUUCUAUGGACAUGAACCUUUCCAGCCCUUACCUCCUGCCCCCUAAUUUGCAAAACUCGCGAGAAUCACUCGCGAGGACCCUUAAUCAGGCCGAAGAUCCAUACCGACCUGUUACUAGCUAUGGAGGUAGUGAUGCGGGCUCUUUACGCUCUUCCCAGAGAGGUCCCGAUCGUGGUUCAUCAGGACCUGGACAGAGGCUCGGUGUUAACACACCUAACGGGCUUCCACCAUCUCCUCUUCAGCCAGUGCCUCCUGCCGCAAAGCGAUCAUCAGGCCGCCAGUCGGGAGGGAAUGAACCUGUGAUUUCGGCUAAGAAUGAAUUCCGUUUCGUUGAUGAUAGCACAGCUGUCCCCAAGGUUCCAGAAAUUCAGGAGCCGGCUGCUGCAGCUUCACAAGUUCCGUCUCGGGACUUAACAUCCAAUUCUAGACCUGUUUCUACCGAGUCCGUCAACGCGGUUAAUACGAGCUCUCCUGCAAAGUCUGCUCAAGGAUUAGGUAUCAUAGAUGCUCGCGCCUCUCAGAACUCCAAUGCUAAAUCGUCCCCUGCGGGUGCACGGCCCCCAAGGAACGAGUCGCUUCCUGGAUCCAACACCGCGGAUGAUUAUGAGAAUUACACGGCACAUUUCCAGAUUGACGAUGUAGAUGAUGAGGUGACGGCUAGCGGCGAUCGACACGCGCAGCCGCGCGGAAACGAGCCUCGGCAACCGGCCUCCGCUGGCCUGGGUGUACCAGGUCAGGAUAACCGAAGGCUGUCCGUAGGUUUCCGUCCUCUUCCGCCGGAGGAUUUCCUCGAGUCUGAAGAUCCUGAAUUCAGAGCCAACAGAAUUCGGUCCUUCUACAAGGAGUACUUUGAGGAGACGAAGACUGACUCUGGCAAGCCACCCCCGAUUCCCCAGCAAGUAGCGCAGAAAGCAGCCUAUUAUGACGAUUACGAUGCCAACUAUCUGGGCGAAACCGCAUUUUUCGAUCCUGAUAGCAAUGCAUUCGUUAUGCCGUACGCCCAGCCUGUUACUCGCCGUGCUAUGACUCCCCCUCCAAGUAACCGACGACCAAUGCCUGGAUCCGGACCUCGUGGACCGCCUGGACCACGUGGCCCUCCCGGACACGGCCCUAAUGGAAGCAUGAACAUGCCCGACGGACCCCGUGGACGACCCAGGGCUGGCUCUACCCAAUCAGCUGGUAGAUGGGCGCCGAUGAGUCCCCGCCCGGACUCGUCAGCCUCUAACCGCGUUGCGGGCAAUGGAAUGGGAGGAAAGCCUCGAAAGCCGAUGCCCCCUCCUGCUGCGCUUAGCACGUUGCCUACUCCUUCUAAGCUGAGAGAUGACUCGUUUGCUAUUAUGAACUCUAUUGAUUUCGCUCCUCCUCCUACCAUGAAAGACCUUGCAGCCGGUCGAUCUCAAAGCCCUGUUGGCGAACGUAAACCCUACGUCCUAAACACGCCAAUCCACUCACCGUUAGUGAGUGCUUUCGAUGAGACGCCGGCAUUGCCUAGCCCGCAUCUGUUGCGCAAAUCAGGCACAUUCACUGCCCUCGACUUCGCUCCCCCGCGCCGGUUUAAGGAUCCUGAGGCGACGAGCGAUUCUGGAAGUGUUGUCAGCAACCGUAGCGGUAUUUCGUCUGCUAAUCUCAGUGCCAUUCGCGGCGGUGCUGGCAGAGUCAGCCGUCUACCGGGAGAUACCGUUUUCACGCAGCAGGCGAUGGGCAACACUCUUAAACCAUCAUGGAACAUGAGGAAUUAGAUCAACUAAUGAAACAUAAAGCUCGAUAUACAGUCAGGAUCGCGUAGGCGGCAGUGGUAUAGCUGUCUUGUAUAUCUGGUCAAAUAUGUAGUGUUAAUGCCGCUUUUCUUCCAUUCGAGGGAGUAAUAUGGGAAGCAAAUCAUGAUCGGCGAAGCAUUUUACCUUGCAUGGCGAAAGCAUAUAGAAGGAUCGGUUCACUUUGUACCGACAGAUACCUAGGGAUUUUUUGUUUAUUGAUUUUAUUUGACAAUAUAUAACCAAUCAGUGUGGCUAGUUCUUUUCUUGUAGGCGUUGCAACAUAGUUUCUGUUAACUCAUCUUUAGUCUACCUAUACUGUGUUGUAAUAUGGAUUCUUUUGGCUUGUCUGCUUGUACAAUUUGCUAGGUAGGUGUAUUUAGAUAUCUUGUCUCUGUGACUUAGGACCUACCGCGCAGGUGCUCAUGCUUUAUUAGCUGACGAACGCUUACUUGGACGGUGGCG